AUGGAUCAAAUUAAUGUUAGCCUUGUACAGCACCAUGCUCAAAGUGUGAAUAUAAUGGUAAUAAUUGUAUUGAUUGCAUCCCUACUUUUACAUUGAGUUAGAGUAUAAAUUACAAAUGUGAAUGUUCAUCUGGUUAUUAUUAAUUUGAUUCUCAAACAUGUUUGUAAUGUGUAAGUCCAUGUUAAACUUGUGAAUAGAAUUAGAAUCACUGUUUAUCUUGUGUUGAUAGUAAUUAAAUAGUAAAUAGUUCACAUUUUUGUGUAUGUUAAACAGGUUGGAUUUUAAACACUGAUGGUAUUACAUGCAUCAAAUGUUAAUUACCUUGUUUAGAUUGCGUAGAUACAACAAACAAAUGUAUUACUUGUUAAGAUUCUAUACAUUAAUUACCUGAGUCUUGUCAAUGUGAAUCUGGAUGGAUAUUAGACGAUAAUUACUUUUGUAUUCCUUGUUAAUAGCCAUGUAAAACUUGUGAGAUAUCUACUAAUAAAUGCUUGACAUGUUUAGAUACUAAUCACGAACUUAAUAACAUAUAAUAAUGUGUUUGCAAAUCCACUUAUUAUUCUGAUAGUCUAAUCACUUGCGCAAAGUGUUAAGAACCAUGUAAUGAAUGUGAUAUUAAUGGAUGUAUCAACUGCAUAGAUAUAAACUAAGUCCUGGAUUCCAAUAAAUAAUGUAUUUGCAAAUCUGGAUAUCUUUAACAAGGCAUUUUGUGUCUGCAAUGUUAAAUUCCAUGUUCUACUUGUAUGAAUACCGUUAAUGAAUGUCUUACGUGUAUGGAUCCAAAUUAAAUAAUGAAAGAUUAGAAAUGUUUAUGCAAAGAGGGGUUUGUGAAUAAGGGAAACUUUUGUUGCGAUUAAUAUUGCAUAGAUUGUUAAGGAAUAGAUAUUUGUAAUAAUUGUAUGAAAGGAUUCUAUUUAUCUACUGUUAGUAGAUGUUUAAAAUGUAUAGAAAAUUGCGAUGUUUGUUAUAAUUAAAUAAAUUGUGAAAAUUGUUAAAAUGGAUACUUUAUUAAUGAAUCUAGAAAAUGUGAAACAUGUAUUCCUUCUUGUAAUAUUUGUCACAAUUCAUUUAGUUGUGAUGAAUGCUUAGAUGGAUAUUAUCUAGUGAAUUAGAAAUGCGAGCCAUGUAAUUAAAAUUGCUAGACUUGUAAUGAAUAAUCUGAAAAAUGUCUUACUUGUAGAUCCAACUAUUAAAUUAAUUCGAGUAAUUAAUGUGUCUGUAAAGUUGGAUACUAUGAAUAAUAGAAUUAAUGUUAUAGAUGUGAAUAUCCAUGUAAAAAAUGUUUAAGUUAAGCAAUAUGUUAAGAAUGUUUUCUUCUAUCUAAUUUAUAAUUAGAUUUGAAUUUUCAAUGUAAUUGCAAUUCAGGGUAUUUCUGGAAUAAAAAAAAUUGUUCUUAAUGUAAUUAAUCUUGUUUAACUUGUGUUGAAAAUUAAUAUUAUUGUUUGAGUUGCGAUUAACGACUUCAUCGUAUUUUAGACAAUAAUAGAUGUUUAUGUGGUUAAAAUUAUUUUGAAAGUGAAAAUGGAAUUUGUAUUUCAUGUUAAGAGUAAUUGGGCAAAUCUUAAGAAAGUUGUAAAUAUUAAGAUUGUAAAGAUUAAAUUUGGACCUAUGGAGAAGAAUGUGAUGAUGGAAAUGAUGUAAAUAGAGAUGGUUGUUCCUAUUGUAAGAUUGAUCAUAACUACUCUUGUUCUAAUGAAAUACUAAAGUAAUCAAUUUGUUUUCAAUGUUCAACUAAUUGCAUUAAAUGCCAAUUGAAUUCUUUAACAAACAAAUCUUCAUGUAUUUAAUGCAAAGUUGGUUAUUUUUUAGAUAAAAAUGAUUGUGUUGAAUGUUCGAUCAAUUGUUUAGAAUGUAUUGAUUAAGCUUAUAAUUGUAUAAGUUGUAAGUUUCCACAAUAAAAGAAUCAUAAAUGCUAACUUUGUGAAUCAGGAUAUUAUGCAGAUGAGAUAAAUGGAAGAUGUUUAAAUAAAUGUGGAGAUUACAUAAAAGUAAAGGAGGAGGAAUGUGAUGAUGGAAAUCUUAUCAAAGAUGAUGGGUGUGAUGAUUAAUGUAAACUAGAAAAUAAGUAUAUAUUUCUAAAUGGUGUAAGUAUCUUACCAAAUUAUCCUAAACCAUAAUUAUAAAUUGUAGGAACUUCAUAGAUUUACUCAGCUACCAGAUUAUUUAAAUUAUCAUACACUACUCCCAUCGUUGUGACUGAUGAUUUUCAAAUUAGAGAUUAUCUAUCUUUUCAUAUAUAGAACAACCAUAAUGUUUCAAAAAUGGAUCAGUCCUUUAAUCUCACUCAAGAUACUUCUAAGAUUAAUGAGUUUAACUAAUCUGAAUUAAAUUUGAUAAUAAAUAUCACUUUCUCAAGAAGUUCACAAGACGAAAUCCUAUUGGUCAAAUUCUUAAAUACCUCUGUCAUUUAUUCAAAUGAAAGGUACUCCCAAAUUGAAACAGAAGUGUCUUGCAGUAUACCAAAGGUGACAUACAUUGAUGAUGUCACCAUUGCUUAAGUCUAAAUAGCAACAAAUAGUAACACUUAUAUACUAUACUUUAUCGGAGCAAUGUGUGGUGGAUCAGUGUUAUUUGGAGGAAUAGAAGUCUUUUUUAAUUUGUUGGAUACGCUCCAAAUGCUAUCUUAUUUGAAAUACAUUAACACUUAACUCCCAUAUAAUUUAUAAACCUACUUUCAACUUUUUGGAUUUGCUUAAUUUAAUUUUAUCUAAAAGGUUUUUGAUUUAUCAGGAUUUAUUGAUUAAAUACUGAAUACAUAACAAUUAAAAAAGAUACCAAAAAAAGUAGCAAGUGAUGACUUAACAUCACUAUUUAUUAUUAAUGCCGCAACAAUUACUACAGUUUGGAUUUCUUUAUUCUGUAUCUAUGCAAUUGCAAAAAUAAUACCAAAAAUUCUAUAUUCAUAAAAAUUUAAAUUUUAUUCUGAAUCAGCAGCCGAAAAUUCUUGGCUUGUCUAAGUUGGAGUAUACUAUUUAACUAUUAAGUAUAUUAUUAAUAGAUUGUGCUAUACCAUUAUUUCAGAAUUUUUUUAUAGCGGAAUCUUACGUGCUCAUAUGGCAACUGCAUAUGAUUUUACUUUCAGUAUGGUACUGUAAUUGUAUGCCUUGGAACUUAACUCUCCAAAUUUAUUUAUAAGCUUUAGUUCAUUUUUCGCUUGUUUUGCUAGUGCAAUAUAUAUUAUAGGUAUAUAUUAUGUAAUACAACUCUCCUAAAUGAAGAAAUAUGCUUUGAAUAAUAAAGCUAUCUAAGCUAAGUAUGGAUCUAUUUUUGAAGGAAUUAAGAUAAAUCAAUUUUCCAAAUAUCUUAAUACAAUACUUCUAAUGAAAAAACUUAUCUUUAUGCUUUUAUUAAUUUUCGCAUACGAGUUUCCAACUUUUCAAACUGUCAGUAUUACACUUCUAUCAAUCUCUAUGAGUCUAUUUUACAUCUUCUUUAAUCCAUUAAAGGACAAAUUGGAGUAUAUUAAAUAGUUAUUUAGUGAAAUUAGCAUCUCUUUUACAUUGUUAAAUAUUACAAUAUUGACUUGUGAUUUUGAAUUAGUAUAUUUUUCAUACCAGAUUAGAUAAUAUCUUGGAUGGGGUUGCAUUUUUUUUAUGACCACAUUAUUAUGUAUUCAAUUAGUGAUUGAUGGCUUUUAAUAAUGGAAGUUUCUUUUUAAAAAGUAUAAGCAAAUUAGAAGAAUAGCUAAAUCAAUACUUGGAGUAUUUUAAAAAACCAGAAUAGCUACUGCCCCAUCUAAUAUUUUCCAAUGA